CCAACCCGCCAGCCAGCUCGCUGUGAGAAGGUGUUUCAAGAUGCGAUUCCUGCGAGUGCCUGCUGCCGCUGCAGCGCUCGUCGCCGCAACCUCUUGUGCGCUUGCAUCAGCAGCCAGCGAUGAGCAACCGCCAGCAAAGGCCCACCUGUACCUCUACCCAGCCUCACCAUCGGCUGCUUCUUCAGUAUCUGUCUCGCCUGCAGACGCGAACCGCGUACUUUCGUACCACCUCGAUGUACCGGGCGAGCGCCUGGGCCUGGUGCUGAAUGAGGGAAAGGACCGCGAUGUGUGGAGCUGGAUGAAGGACGCCUUUGGGCAGGAACGCCAGGCAGCUGGAGACUUGGCAGAUAUGCUGCAGGACAGCAAACAUAGGAUGGUCGUCUAUGUCGAUGGCAUCGAAAAUCCAGAGAACAUGCUUGUCGGCCAAAACAGCUUGCAACAAACGCACCUAGUCUCCUCUUCGCCGUCUUCUCAAUCCUGGAACGCCCUGCUCUCAUCCUACAUCCACCGGAUUCCACAAGCAGGCGCCAGGUCUGCCGCUGCAGGCGGUCUGCUCGGCAGCAAGACCCUUGACACUCUCCCCUCGGCCGGCCACGAUGCUGCGGAAAAUGUCAUAAAGUCGCUCACUAUGAUCGAGUUGAACCCGAGCGCCGCCAUACAGGUCUUCAAUGUAGAGCUUAACCGCUUUAUAGCGGUGUUUGAGAAACUGAGUCACGGUGGCAUGGCCAACAUCGAGCAAAAGCCUGCAUUCCAGGCCUGGCGUUUCUCCAGCUUACCCGCCCUCAAAGCCACGUACGGAGCGGACAGCGAACAGUACCAGUCUGCCGUACAAGCCGUCGGUGCUGCUAUCAAGAGUGCCACCGAGAAAUUGAAGAAGUACGCGAGCGACGCCAGCCAGGAGCUCCGGAUGGCCGUCAUCGUCUCCUCCGAUGCGAGUUCGUUAGAAGUUGGUGCAGAGGAUUCGGUCGUCAAAAAGCGUGAAGUCCAAUAUCUUCUCGCACCCUUCUCUACUGCUUCGAAGCGACAACACUUGUUGCAGCAAGACGUAUACCACGCUGCAGCAUCCUCACCCGCUUCGUCACCAUACGUUCCACGCGGUUCGGCAGCCACGCUGACCACCUCCACACGCAGUCCAAACGAGGCAGACUACGCGGGCAAGUGCUUCCCAAACAAGUCCGAUCUCUUUAAGGCUACGGCCGAAUGCAGCGGCCGCGGCGAUGCAGUCGAGAGGAACUUUGCAGGGCGCAAGUGCUACCGAUGCGUGUGCAGGGUAAUCCGAACGGACACGAGCGUGACUUACUGGGCUGGAGAAGCAUGCCAGAAAAUCGACGUGUCGAGCCCGCUCAUCCUUCUCGCAUCCACCACCGUCGUCCUCCUUUUGCUCGUUGCUGGCAGCAUCACCUACCUUUUCAGCGAGGGUAACCAAAAGCUUCCCGGGACGCUCGCCAGCAUUUCACUGCCUAAUAUGAAGCUUUGAGAUGGAAAGCGAUUGUGUCCGUUCAUGCUUCUGAGCUUUGUACAUGAAAUGACAGCAGCGGUGUCUCAUGCGCUUGUUUGUUACGACUGAGCAAUUGAUAAAGCAUGAUACAUUGUUGCGCCUCCGCUGGCGUCCACUAUCUAAAAUACAGAGUCAUGUCGAAUAUAAGCUAGACAACUGCAAUGGAUGGUGUAGGAG